AUGGCCGUCUUCCGGAGCGGGCUCAUUUGGGCCAUGCUCCAGCGGUCCGUACGGCUUCUCGCGCUCCUUCUCUCACCGACAGUAUUCACGUUUCCCGAGGAUUCUAUCGACAAAAUAGAUCAUGUUGAGGCCGAGGAAACUCAAAUUGUAAUCACUACCACCAAACAAGGUCCAAUCAAUGUUUUGGCUUCGUAAAACCAAUGUUCGUCGGUUCAGGAAGUCUGGAAAAUUUGAAGAUUUCCAUUGAACUAGUCGACAUCCAACGCAGUGCUCAGUUGGCUCCCCUACAGCUUAAUGGUCUUCUUUUAAUGGUCACCAGAGGUAACACUUUAUUUAUUGUUUUGAAUAGAUCGAAAUACUCAGGUCGGUACACAGUACCCUUUUUGAGACCCGAUGCCUGGUAUGGGUUGAAAUUCCGAAGCGAGAAGGUUUUGGAGGGGAAAAACAUUGUACAUGAAGAAGAACGUCUCGUGAGAACUGCCGCCAGAGGCUCUCAAGGAGUCAGCUCCGCUGGCGGAGCACAUGGAGAAGGACUGGAUUCUUCUCCAUAUAGUCAAGGACUGAGUUCUCAUUUACUUCCCAACGACAAACAUAUAGAGGUAAGAGUGUUAGACAACAUCUAAAAGACUCAUCUACAUUCGGCGAAAAAAUUUUUCUGCAUGUUGCAAUAGAUACAUGAAAUACUUGAGUUAUAAAUAUUUUUCAGAUCAAAUUGCACAGGAAACUGGAUGGAGAAGAUGAAACCGGCGAAAGUUUGUAUGUUACGGCUGCAUGGAAGAAAGAUUUCGAACGGUUAUCUUGUCAUUUUUCUGACUCACUGAUUUUAAACUUAAACUUAUCAAACCAGUAAAAUACAUUUUAUAGAUCAAAUAUCACAGUCGGAGUCGUAAAACUUCGGGUUUUAUGUGAAGACUCAGACACAAGAGAGGAUAUUCGGUUAAAAGGAGAUGAAGACACCGUUACGGUAGAAAUUACGGUAAUUUAGUUGACCUUUUCUUUUCCAAUAUUUUUUCUCCUUCUCAAUUAAAUGAUAUUUGAUCGAAUUUCUAGAUAGACCACGAAUACGAUAUCAAAGAGGUCGACGCUAAAACGCAUUUGGUGGAGGCCCACAUUGUACCUCACAAGUGUCACAGGUGUCGACCUCAGGAUUUUCCUUACCAAAGAGUGUUCCAGGCUUUGCUGGCAAUCGAAAGUUGUCUUUCUCUCUUUAUUCGGAAACUUCUCGCAGAACGUUGAGGAGCACUGCGAGCAGAUCGCGGGCACCACCAGGACAGCUCAUUUGCGCGAAAUAAGCAAUUAUACGGUUUUUUUUUUCACUUAGCGGUCUAAAUUUCGUUUCCUCAUAGAUUCAAGAUCAACGUCUGAUAGUGGAGACGGAGAAGCUGGGCAACGCAGAGGACGGCGUCGUCAAGUUGGAAGCGACUUUUCUGGGCGUUAACCAGUCGGAGGUCUUCCACCAGACCUUCAAUACCAGACUUUUCGACGGUCGUUAUGUCUUGCCCCUGGAGGGAGACGGACUGUUUGCUGUCAAGUACGAGUACACCAUGGUACGAGAAAACUCCGACUUUGGAAGAAGGAAGUUCUUGCAGACAAAGCCGUUUCAUUACAACGCCAAAGCCAACUUCGUAGUUGAUUCCCUCGCCGGAGAUCCCCCCUUUAAUGGUUCUGAUUUGUUAAAUAAGAGCCUCACUCACAAGGACGAAUUUCCAUUUGUGCAUCUUUCAUUUCAUCCUGCCUCUCAAGGACAAAGCGAUGAUGACUUUCGAAAUAGUUCAACGGUGAGGAAAUGCCGAAGUUCCACCAUCAUAAAUGAGAUUAAACCCAAAAACUUGAAAGAAAAACACUGAAAACGUCGUUUUUCACAUUAAAAAAGGUAGUGCUUAAAACGUUUUCGGAAGCUAUUGUAACUAAAACAGCUGAAACAGCUCCCCGAGCUUAUACUCUUUUAGUUGAUCAUCCUAACAUCAUGCCCUGCCUUUGUUCUUUAACAGUAAGUUUUCUUAUUUGACAUGUUCAGAAUUCGACUUCCUACAUAAGAAUUUCUCGAUCGCCGGAAUAUAUCAACCACGAGAUCAAAAUUCGCUUGAAAAGUCCGUGUGGCGGCAAUUCAACAGUAAACGUCCUGCUGGACGAUCAUCAGCCAGAGUACGAGGUUAGAAUGAAACGCUGGAAAAACGAAACUCGUGUGAAAAUGGGUGAUUUGAUCUGAACGAAGAGAGAGCUGUUGAGGUGGACGUUGGAGACGUUCUCUGUUCCGUCGCUCCGACAUCUUCGAAGUCGCACUUUUGUGAUAGAAACGCGACAACGACCAGUAUUUGUCGCGACGAACUGUGCCUGACUCCGUCGGUUCGCGUCGGCUCUGAGAGCUACCGAGCUUCUCGUCAAUGUGUAUCCGUCGUCGAAAAGUUCCCACCCCUCGAACAAUCUUCGCCCUGUUCGCUUUAUUCCAUCCUCGUUAUUUCAUUUAUGAUUCUUGAUUUAUCCUUAUUUCUUUACUGA